AGCUUCAUUCAUGAAAUUUGGUGAUCGGCUCGACGUCAAUCGACAGACCAAGCCAAAGGCAUCGUCCGGGCUGAGCCUCCUCAGCAACCCCGACCACCUCACCACCGUCGCCCCUGCAUCAAUCGGCACAGUCGUAGCCCGCCUGGUUGCGACUCAGCCAACAUGAUGCGGUCGCGCAUCCUCCCGCCCGCCUCGGGGAGGUUACUGGCCGCCGCCGCCGCCGCCUGCCAGUUUUCCACAGCCUCGAGGCUCUUAUUCCGCUCCAGCAUCGCCUCACGAUAUGACGCUCCCCCGCCGCCCGACCCGGAGCCGGAGCUCACGCAGGCACCGAUAAACCACAACCAGAUGAACGGCAUCCCCGAGAAGGACCGCAGCGUGUCGGUAGCCCUGCGCACGUUCAAGCCCCGGACGCCCGGUGUGCGACAUCUGCGGCGCCCGAUCAACGACCACCUCUACAAAGGCCGGGCGUUCCUGCCGCUCACUUUCCCCAAGCGCGGCCACGGCAAAGGUGGCAGGAACAGCACUGGCAGGAUCACGGUGCGGCAUCGCGGCGGUGGUGUCAAGACCAGGAUACGAAUGGUUGAUUUCCACCGCAUGACCGGCGGGCCUCACCUCGUCGAGCGCAUCGAGCACGACCCCGGCCGCAGCGCACACAUUGCCCUCCUCACCGAGGAGGCGACGGGCCGGAAGUCAUACAUUGUCGCUCCUGAGGGCACUCGGGCCGGAGACGUGCUGUACAGCUACCGUGCCGGAAUCCCCCAGGACAUGCUCCAGAGCAUGGGCGGUGUGGUCGAUCCCGGUGUGCUCGCCGCCAAGACGGCGCACCGCGGCAACUGCCUGCCUCUGCACCUCGUGCCGCUCGGUACGCCCGUCUUCAACGUCGGCUCGCACCCCAAGGGCGGCGCCGUCUUCUGCAGGAGCGCCGGCACCUUUGCGAUUGUGGAGAGCAAGGACGAGGAGACCAAGGCCGACGGCACCAAGGUCAUGACGGGCAAGUACGUCACAAUCAGGUUGCCCACUGGCGAGGUGCGCAAGGUCAGCAAGGACGCCUGCGCCACGAUUGGUGUUGCCAGCAACACCCACCACCACUACCGGCAGCUCGGAAAGGCAGGUCGCAGCAGGUGGCUCAACAUCCGGCCUACCGUCCGUGGUGUGGCCAUGAACAAGGUUGAUCAUCCUCACGGAGGUGGUCGUGGUAAAUCCAAGGGUAACAGACACCCCACAAGUCCGUGGGGUCGGACACCGGCCAAGGGCGGUUACAAGACGCGCAAGAAGAGCAACAUCAACAAAUGGGUCGUCAUUGCCCGCCCCCGCAACCACGGCAAGCGCAGGAACAAGUCCCAGUAAGAGGGUUUUGGAAGGACACAAUCAAGGGGGGUCCUGCAAGUCGAUGCCGUUUGUGUGUCGGGCGCCGCCCGCCGUGGAGUGCGACUCGCUCGGUAUUGCGCGCCAGGUAUCAUGUAUAUUGUAUCAAAACGCUGUACACACAACCACGACACGUGGGAUCGUGUUACGGCCGGUCACGGGCUAUGCUAGAAAAUGUACCAAUAACACCACGAUAUAUGCACACAUGAGACACACGUAGCCAU